AAACAGUUUAAUGUUAGACUGUUGAAGAGCAAACAUGUCUGAGGAUAUUUAUGACGAUGCCUUCGGGACAGAGACUGAGGGAAUGAAGAGAGAGAGAAUGGAGAUGACCGUGGUUGUCUUUGAGAGUAUAGAUCAUGUGAGAGAUUAUGAUUUCAAGACAGAGACAAACACCAACAAACCACUUCAGUGUACAGGAAGUGAGUCUGUGAAGGUCAGAAGCUCCAGAGCAUCUGUAGUGUGUUUGGUUCUGCUGUGUGUUCUUCUGCUGACUGCAGUCAUAGUGCUGUGUGUUCACAUCUACACUAACUGCACAGAAGAGACAAAACCGCUUCUAACCAAUCAUACCAAUCUCACAGAAGAAAGAAAAGAGCUAGAAAUCAAGAUCACCAACCUCACAGAAGAAAGAAAGACCAAAAGAGACCAGCUAAUAAAUCAGCUUUCAAUUCUUGAUGAAUGGAUUUACUAUCAAUUCAGUUUUUACUAUAAGUCCAAUGAGAAGAAGAACUGGACUGAGAGCAGACAAGACUGUUUGAAGAAAGGAGCAGAUCUGAUCAUCAUAAACAACAGAACAGAACAAGAUUUUGUUAUGAAAAUUACUAAUAAAACAGAAUUCUGGAUUGGUGUGUCUGACAUUGAUGUGGAGGACACCUGGAAAUGGGUUGAUGGCAGCGCACUGACCUCUGGGUUCUGGGCAACCGGUGGAGAAGUAAACGAGCCAAGAGGAGGAACAUUAGAGAACUGUGCUGUGUCUUAUAUACCAAUGUCGACUGAAAUAACAGGGUGGCAUGAUGUUAAAUGUAAUUAUACGUAUCACUGGAUCUGUGAGAAGAGUAUUUUAUCUCUGAUAUAG